AUGCUCAAUGAACUCCGGGCAGAAUUCACUCGCUGGCAGAACGAGCAUGCUGUGAGGCCUCCCACCGAUCAUUCAGCCUCUCUAUUGAGGACACUCUUCACGGCGGAGAUUAUAGCUCAGCCUUACCCGCUCGAUUUGCGCAUUCCCCGAAACAAGGAAUAUGAUGGGCGGACAGACCCAGAAGUCCAUGUCAACACCUACUAUGGCAACAUGUUGAUGAUGGGCGUGUCUGACGCCGUGAUGUGUAGGGCUUUCUACUCCACGCUCACUGGUCGGGCGGCGGAGUGGUUCAGAACAUUACAAUCGGGUUCAAUUUCUGACUUCGCCAGUCUGGCGAUGAAGUUCAACCGGAAGUUCGUAACUUCUAAGGUCAUCCGAAAGUCUUACAUGUAUCUCGAGAAGGCCAAGCAAUUGGAGGGAGAAAGUUUGACCGAAUUUUUAGUCAAGUGGAAGGCGGCGGUCGGGGAGGUCGAGCCGAUGGACGACCUGACGGCCAUUCAUAUGUUGCACAUUUCUUUACGAGCUGGUUAUUUGUACCAGGAUUUUAUACUCCAUCCGCCUGUCACUUAUGAAGAAGCCCUCCGCCGAGUGACGGAUUAUGCCAACGCCGGUGAGGCAAACGCCGUCAAGAGGUCACAAGAGGUCGGAACGUCGUCUCGAAAGCCUUUCGGUCGGGCGAAGAUCAUCCCCGACCUCGAACCCGACCGGGAGAGUUCUCGGCGUUAA